AUGACUGCCCAAUUUUCCUUUAUUUUAUUCCUUUUCUUUCAUUCAAUCUUUCUUUCAUUCAUUUUCUUUUUCUUUUUUCUUCUCUAUUUGCUAUUUUCCUUGUAUCAGUUUUUCCUUUUUUCAUCGUUUUUCUCUUUCUUUCAUCUUUUUUUCCUGUAUUUUCUUUUCACUUUCUUAUUUUUUCUCUAUUUUCUCUUUUUCGUUCCUUCGCUAUUAUUCGUUUUUCUCUUUUCUUCUCCGUAUCUUUUCCAUUUUCGUCGUUUUUUUCUCUUUACUUCGUUUCUUUCCUUCCUUUCUUUUCGCUUUUUCUUUUCUUUUCUUCGUCUUUAUCCGUUUUCUUUAAAUUUUCAUCCUUUCUUUUUUCUCUUCUUUCUUUCUUUUUCUGGUUUGUUUUAUUUCUCAUUUUUUCUUAUUCGUUUUUAUUUUUCUUCUCCACCUUUUAAUCCCUUUUUCAUUUUUUCUUUUCUUCCUUUUCGUUUUCUUCUUCGUCUCCUUUUCUCUUUCGGACCUAUCCCCCGUCGUGAAGCUGUCCUUAACUUCAACCUUUACCCACAUCUACUUCUCUGUCGGAGCUGGCUGUUAAGCAGGAGUGGCGGUGUUGGUGAACUUCUUCAAUGGCGGAAGGAGAGACUCUUCUUCUCUAUAGUUAAAAUCGCGCUAUCUACGCCCCACCAUUCACUUUCCUUUUUCUCUCUUUAUUGGCAUCUCCUUUCAUCGUCUAGUUUUCAUUUUUUUCUAGUGAAAUCUGAUGUCGUUUCUUUCUCUUUUUCACUUUCUUUUUCACUUUCUUUUUCACUUUCUUUUUUAUUUUUAUUCCUGGACCCUUCUUUUUUUCCCUCGACUGAACAGGCUCUUUUUCACUCGUCAUCACCCAUCCUUCCUCUCCCUAAAUGCACAGUCAAUCUCCCCACCCCAUAUGGCUCCACUACUGCUGUUUUCUCUGCUAAAAUAAACACACCAUCUACAUUUUUCUUUUCUCUCCCUUUCUCUCUCUCUCUCUCUCUCUCUCUCUCUCUCUCUCCCUUUCUCUCUCUCUCUCUCUCCCUCUCUCUCUCUCUCUCUCUCUUUCUUCUUAAAUUUUUCUUUUCGGGGAAAGCUGGUUGUGACAGGAAGAAAAAAGACUUUGUCUUUGGCCAAACUUUGCUUAGUCUCUAA